GAGAGCUCCACCGGCGCAGUACCGAGCGAGUCCUCCGGUGAUCUCCGAGCGCUGCGUCUCUCCUCAACAAUCAAAAACUGAGAUUUGCUGAAAGAAAGAGGUUUUUCCAGCGGCGCGUCCACACUGCUGAGAGGAGAACAGAAACGAGCGCUGAAUGAACGCAGACCGCGAGGACGCGCGCGACAUUAUCAGCACCGGUUCGCGGGGUUUCAGAGUCCGGCGUAAAGAAGAUGAAUUGACGGUGUGUUUUCUGAGUGACAGAGGUGGAGAUGGGCUUCAGCAUGACCUGCCUCUGGAUUGUAACUCUGGCCAUCAUCAGCGUUCACAGAGUGUUCAGCGGGCCACGGUUUUCACAGGAGCCAGCGGAUCAGUCUGUGGUGAUCGGCGAGAGGGUGGUUCUGUCCUGCGUCGUGUUUAACUACACCGGCAUCGUACAAUGGACCAAAGACGGCCUCGCUCUUGGAAUCGGAGAGGAUCUAAGGGCAUGGCCACGGUACCGUGUUUUGCGUAUAAUGGAUGUUGGGCAGUAUAAUCUGGAGAUCACGUCGGCGGAUCUGACCGAUGACUCCCUGUACGAGUGUCAGGCCACUGAAGCCGCUCUGAGGUCCAGAAGAGCUAAACUCACCGUUCUGAUUCCUCCUGAUGGUCCCGUAAUUGAGGGAUCUCCAGAGAUCCUGUUGACGGCAGGAACCUCAUUUAACCUCACCUGUGUGUCUCGAGGAGCAAAGCCAAUGUCAACAAUUGAAUGGUACAAAGAUGGGAUCAUAGUGGAAGGAGCUCAUACCAGCACUGAGGUGUUAUCGGACAGGAAAAGGGUGACCACAAAAAGUUUUUUGGAGAUCCAGCCAAUGGACACAGACACUGGACGUAACUUCACUUGCGUGGCCUCAAACCUGGCUGCUCCACUGGGGAAGAGAUCAACUGUCACCCUCAACAUCCACCAUCCUCCUACGGUGAUUUUGUCCAUAGAGCCUCGCUCAGUUCUUGAAGGAGAGCGAGUUAAGUUCACCUGCCAGGCAACUGCCAACCCUCCUAUAAUGGGCUACAGGUGGGCUAAAGGUGGCGUGAUUCUAGACGGAGCAAGAGAAAGUGUGUUUGAGACGACAGCAGAUCACUCAUUCUUCACCGAGCCUGUGUCCUGCCUGGUGUUUAAUGCAGUGGGCAGCACUAACGUCAGUAUAUUAGUGGACGUUCACUUUGGCCCAAUUUUGGUGGUGGAGCCAAGGCCUGUAACAGUGGACGUUGACUCAGAUGUCACACUUAACUGUAAAUGGUCAGGAAAUCCUCCGCUUACCCUCACUUGGACCAAAAAAGGCUCCAGUAUGGUCCUCAGUAACAGUAAUCAGCUGUUCCUGAAGUCUGUGAGUCAAGCAGAUGCAGGACAGUACGUGUGUAAAGCCAUCGUCCCCAGAAUUGGUGUUGGGGAGACUGAGGUCACACUCACUGUCAAUGGUCCUCCAAUCAUCUCGAGUGAGCCGAUCCAGUAUGCCGUGAGAGGAGAGAAAGGGGAAAUCAAGUGCUACAUAGCCAGCACUCCACCGCCAGACAAAAUCGUUUGGGCCUGGAAGGAGAACGUGUGGGAGAAGGAGCGAGGGACACUGCUGGAGAGAUACACGGUUGAGCAGAGCAGACCUGCAACACAAGGGGGUGCCGUUCUAUCCACACUCACCAUCAACAAUGUAAUGGAGGCUGACUUCCAGUCCACGUACAACUGCACGGCAUGGAACGCUUUUGGACCAGGAACCAUGAUCAUUACCCUGGAAGAGACAGAUAUAGCAUCCGAAGAUAUAGUGCCUGUAGGUGUGAUAGCAGGCGGAUCUGUUGGAUCUUCCAUUUUGCUUCUGCUUCUCCUCUUUGCUCUGAUUUUCUAUCUGUAUCGACAACGCAAAAGCAGUCGUCGUGGAGUGACACUCAAGCCAGACAUUAAGGUGGAAACGGUGAACAAGGAGACCAAUCUGGAGGAGGAGGCCGCCAGCGCUUCAACAGCCACGCGAAUGGUAAAGGCUAUGUAUUCUUUUCUUCCCUCUGUCUCCCUCUCUCCCUCCACCCAGCCCUUCAAAGACGACAUGGACCUGAAGCAAGACCUCCAGACCGAAACGCUGGAGCCCAAGGUGGAGGAGUAUGAGGCCAAGGACCCCACGAAUGGCUACUACAAUGUCCGAGCCACGACUCAUGAUGAGGUGCGCUCUUCCACCCGCUCACUGCUCUACCAGGAAUUCCGGGCACCUAAUCCUGCAUCAGUUUCAGCAUCGACCGGCGGCCCUGCCAACAUUCAUCCCGCUCCUACAGGACGUUAUGAGGCCCGUCCCACUUCCCGAAUGGCUCACAACACCUAUGCUCAUUUCAACACAAUCGCAAGGGCAUCACAAAUCCAGCCUCCAGCCAACCCCGUCUCCAAAACCACAGACUAUCCUGCAGAGCGUGGCCUGCUGGAGUCCACCAAUCCACUAGCUUUUGACAGCUACGCCUACUCAACCACACCUCAAUACCGGUUAGGCUUUGCUCCGCCUUUGGAGGCGGGACCAGCCUAUGAAAUGUAUCCAACGGGACAAGGGGUGGGGACGAGUCAAGAUGCUAAUGUAGGCAAAUACCCAAGCUCCGCCCAGUUUCCAUAUUCAACCCCGCCCACGGAAUACUCUCAAAGACACACGCAACGAAUGCAGACUCAUGUGUGAGGCUAAAAGAAAGCACUUCCUUGAACGCAAAUAUAUGGUACACACUGAUUUUUUUACACUAUAUGCAACACACACACAUACACAAGUUUUCUACCUUUACAAAAACACGAUUGAGAGAAAAUUAAAGUGCCAAAUUACUAACGAACCACAGCGGAAGAGGAAACCAUAAACGAUCACAGUGUUGAAUGGAGGAACACAUGUCAACCUGAAAAAAGUUCUGCCGUGGCAAAUCCAGUCCUCCAAAUCAGUGUUUCCCAACCCUGUUCCUGAAGGCACAACAACAGCACACAUUUUCAACCUCGUCCUAUUAAAACACACCUGAUCCAACUCAUCCAAACAUUAGAAGAGACUCCAAAAGCUGAAAUGAAUGGGUCAGAUAAGGGAGACAUCCAAAAUAUGUACUGUUGGUGUGCCUUUAGGAACAGAGUUGAGAAACACUGCUCUAAAUAUCUAUUGAUGUCUGUGCCAAAAUGAGACACUGCAAAAGAGCCAUUAACCGGUUUUCUCCAUGCAAGUAAAUAAUAUUGGCUGCUUCCUUUGAAAGAAAGGCCAGUUAAAGGCUGGAGGGCAGCAGAUAUGGCUGUGAAAGCCCAGUGAAAGCCUGAUUGCCGUGCGCUCUGGAGUUUACGCCGGAUCUACCCAUCGCUGAACUCAAUAAAACAAAAGUGUGGGAGUUGUAAGUGAACUCACACUGAUCUACAAUGUGACGUCGCAGAUUACGUGAGUUGAAGAAACUACAGGUAUUGACAAUCGCUGAGUGACUGAACGGCGCGCUCACACUGCCGAGCUCCUCGCUGCCAGAUUCAACUCUUCUGAUGGGACGGAGACGCGAGUAUCUGGGUAAACGCCACCAGUGCUUUUAACUCGCCAGUUUCUGUAACAUUGUAGAUUUUUUUUCGAUUUAAAAAACAAAGGAAACAAACGGAUGCUACUCUGAGAGUGUCAAAGUGAGCUUACAGACUCUUCUCUGAACACACGCUCUGCCUCCUCCAAGAAAACCUCACGAGUAUUUGACGCUUCGUGUUUCUGUGUGUGUGUGUCUGAGAGAGAAAGAGUGUGUGUGCGCUCAUGUGACGUGGAGGAAAUGUUGAAUGUGAGAAUCUCUUUCUCCGAAGUGUCCAUGUAUUUGUCCUUCACACUUUCCAAGUAGAGUUAGAGUGCUUUUCCAUAUUUGUAUCGGAACUAAAUUGCAUUUGAAAGCGCUUUUAUAAUAUUUUUCUAAGACGGCGGUGAGGGGAUUGAGAUCGAGUGGUUUUUGGUACAAGCAAUGUAAAGGAGAAAAUAAAAUGUUUCUUUUUGAUUUGUCAACAUUAAGAAACGGAGUCAAUCAGAUCAUUUAAAAAAGGGAAAAAACAAUAUUAAAGUUGAAGCAAUUACGUUA